AUGAGCCAUUAGAAAUAAAUGAGAAUAUUAAGGCUGAAAAUAUAGUAAUAGAAAAUUUGAAUAAAAUAAUUUAUUACUCAUAGUUGAUGAAUGAAUAUAGUGAGGAUGAUGAGGAGAAAGAGCCCUUAGAUGGAGAAACAGAAGCUGAUCAUAGAAAAAUCAUCCAAAUUUUAGUAGAAGGGAGUAAGGACAGAAAUGAAGAAAAGCAUAUUUCAAGUGAGGGAAAAUCAAUUGAUUUGGGAGACGUAGGAGACAAAAUGAAUGAUCUAAUCAUAAUUUUGCACCCAUGGAUGUUGAUUGUGAGGAUGAUGAUGUAUAUUAUAUACCGAAAUUAA